UGAAGGAAAUGUACCACUAUAAAAGGUAACUUUCACAGUUUUUGCUGUAUUUUAAUGAAAUUUGUUCAGUGCGAGGGUGUGUGCUCACCAGCGAUUUUAGAGUUUUUACUGCCUGUGUCGUUCUGUGUACAGUAACUGUUCGAGAUACUGCAGGAUGCUCCUGACUCACAUUGUGACGCCAUGGAUUGUGUUGACAGUCCUCAGCCUCUGCCUACCUGUGUGGAGUGCUGUGAAGGUGAUCCAACACUACAAAGUAGUGAGCACCAAUGGUACGGCACAGCUCCAGUGCUUCGUCCAACCCCGACCCUCCUUCCACAAGAGCCAACCCUCCGACGAGCAAACCCUGCCGUACCCGUACCCUGACCCUGAGGAGCUCCGCGUGACUCUGCUGAAAGGCCUCCACGGCACCCAGGAACUCUGUUCGUCCACCCUCAGCUUCACAGAGCAGACAGAGCCAGGAGUGGCGAAAGAGAGAGAGGUGCAGUGCUCUGCUCGGCUGAGGGAGGGCUCUGUGGAGGUGACAGUGUCUGGACUGAAAGCCACAGACACAGAUCUGUAUCGUUGUGGGAUAGAGAUCUUCUACCCACCACCAUACCUGCGGCUCACUGGCAACGGCACGCUCAUUCAUGUCUUAGGCAGCUCCGACUGUCCCUUGCCGGAGACUCACAGACAGGCUGCACAGCAGGGCGAUAAAGGAGAGGACGAUGAGGAGAGGAUAACAUCAAGAACAUCUGUUCUUGUGGUUGUACUGAUGAUACUGGUCAUAUGUGUCCUCAUCAUCAUUAUCUUCUUCCAGGCUAAACAGUGUGAGCAAGGGAGGAGGGAGAUUGGAGUCCGACCAGAGCCUGAUGUUUUUCUCAAGGUGGACGCUGCUGCAUUUUCAUGUUAAAACUGAAAAAUACGGGGCGGCCUCUAGCUCACCCAGUAAGAGCGAGUUCUUCGCAGCGGCCCGGGUUCAAAUCCGACCUGCGGCCCUUUGCUGCGUGUCAUCCCCCCCUCUCUCUCUCCCCACUUUCCUGUCUAUCCACUGUCACUAUCUAAUAAAUAAAGGGGAAAGCCCCAAAAAAAUAAUCUUUGAAAAACACACUGGAGAGUCACAAAGCUGUGUCCAAAGCUGCAUAGUAUCUCAAAGCAGUAGAGUACGGAGGGUUAGAGGAAUAUUGGACCGUUUAUUAAAUAUCACCUCUCUUAUGAUUGAGGUUCUUUUUUUUACCACAGCUAUAAAAAAACACACCAAAAUGACAUUUUUGGUGCAUGUGCAUAUUUUACUUCUUAAGUAUAAAAAUAAUGUUUACAUUGUUGUGAACACACAUUAGUAUAUUAAAAGAUGUAGCUUUGAUGGAGUUUCCAUUUACUUGAGUUGUUGAGACACCUAUAGGAGCUCUCACAUAACUGCAGCUAGAAGGCGUGUUAUAGACAAUAUAUAGAAUGGACCAACAGAUCCCGUUGCUCUGGACGGAGACCAGUUAAGGAUAUUAGAAGCACUUUU